CGAGGCUAGUCUGCUCUGGGAUGAUCCCCACCAGACUUCGCUUGACCAGGCUUCACUCUUUCUCUCUACAUCACGAGCCGCAACAUCCUCAUCCGAGCAAAGUAGUUCCCGAUGCGGAGCACCCGGAAGCAACUCCGACACACAAAAUGGGAGUCGCAAUGCCGACCUCACUGCACCUCGCACCUCUAAUGCGCGCUCCAAGAGCUCACGCAGACGCAGCCUCGACAAAGAGACUUAACCCUCUACCCGCACCACUAUCGUUAGCAGCACCUAGUAUUACAAUUGGCUCUCCGAAACAGAUAUUCACAUCUCUCUAACGGUCGUUUGCGCACACCUUGCCACCUUCUUCACUCGAAUCGCAACAAUGCAACUCUACGUGUUCGGCUACAACGGGCAUCUCCAAUUACCCAACGCGGCCCCGUUCCGCAAGGCAGUAUACGCCCCAAAACUAGCCUUCAGCGCCGAGACAGAAAACACCAAGCAUGUAAAAGUGCUGUGGGCCUCAUGGUCUGACCUAAUCGUCGCCUACACCCGCGAAGGCGAAGUGCGGUCCCGAAUCCGCCAUUACGGCAAAGGCUUCAACCACUGGGAGCCCUUAUGGCAAGGCACACUCCCGAUAACCGGGUUCUUCAUCCGCGACAACCUGCCCUCCUUCUUCGGCAAGCAGCUGCACAACGGCGUGCAGGGCUACCUGACGGCCGACCCGCCGCUGAUCUCUUUCUUCCGCGCCAAGGGCCGCGACGGCGCUUUCGAGUGCUUCCCGCUGCGGCACAGCCGCGAAGUCCUGGGCAUCCGCAUCACGAGCGCCGACCGCGUGCUCGUCAGCACCAAGCGGACGGCGCGGCACCCCGACGGCUGCGUCUUCGAGGUCCCUAGCUUGCAGCAGUUGGUGGAGGGCUUGCGCCAUCGCGGGAAUAACAACGUGCAUCCGCACUCUUUUGAAGAUGAGGUUCGCUGCGAGUUCGCGCCGGUUCAGUGGUGCACUAAUGCUACGACUAUGACGGCGCUCGAUAGACAGGGCAGGGUCUUUACGUACGCGUCUGAUGGCCGCUAUCCCAAGUGUCUUGGUCGACCAUCCGGCGACCCGGAUGCUGCGAGCCGAAUCGAUAUAGCACAGCCAAUCCCUUACCUUGAGCAUUGCACCGUGGUGAAGAUUGCUUCGGGGGGAUACAUGAGCGCCGCGCUCAGCGAAGACGGCGAGCUCUUCCUUUGGGGCCAAGCCUGCCCCGGCGCGAAGGGCGAGCUGAACGUGCUCAAAGACCGGGCUGUAUCUCCGGACGAUCGAGGAAGGGUGGAGAAGGAUUCGAACAGCGAGGCGGAGUUUGUCAGGAUCCUGGAUGUCGCGAUUGAGGGGAGACUCGCUCGCGUCGUAGACGUAUCAAUUGGCUGGGGGCACAUCCUCGUUGCGGCAGAGGUGGACAAGGGGAAUGGCGAGGUAGCGAGGGCGGUGCUCGCGGCUGGAGAGGGCGGGAGUGGACAGUUGGGCGUAGGCUCCAAGGUCCCUUUCGCGGAGGACUUCGUCGAGGUGGAGGCGCUGCGGGGGAAGAAGAUUAGGGACAUUACUUGCGCGGGGUAUUCAAGUUUUGUGGUCGUUGAGGAGGAGGAUUGAAUUCAGUACUAGCAGCUAGCUUCCAACAAGGGUAUCAAGCGCAUGAUCUAAAUACUAGAACUAAAUAUGUGUGCACAGCAGACGGAUAUUCAACAGGAGGAAGAAGACCCAGUAGGAAGGGGUGUAGAGGUGAAAGGGAGGGACAUCAAAAAGAAGAACCACCUCAAUCAGACGCAUGGGAUACUCAAGCGCGAAGCCCUCCGCCUAGGCUGGACUUCGAAAGUCGGCCCC